GUAAUAGUUGGUAAUUUAAAAUCUUAAUCAAACCAAAAUCCAACAUCCAAACUGUUUUACCUUUGUUGUUGAGUUGAGUCUAAAAAUGUUUCAGCAACAACAGCAGCAGAGUGAGAGUACAAAUGGGAAGUACAACAACACACCUCGCUAUCCCUCACCAUCUGCCAAGUACAAGGAUGUCGCUCAAAGUUCUGACCUUUUGUGGGAAAAGCUCAAAGCUUUUAACAAAUCAAUCGGCAAAAAAUUCAAGGUUCUGGUUGUUGGAGGAAAGGCUCUAGAUCUGCAUCAACUCUUUGUGGAGGUCACAUCACGUGGAGGUCUUGAAAAGGUAAUACAAGAUCGCAGAUGGAAGGAAGUGAUUGUGGUCUUCAGAUUUCCAACAACCAUUAAAAAUGCUUCAUUUGUUUUAAAGAAAUAUUACUUAUCAUUGCUUUAUCACUUUGAGCAAGUCUAUUACUUCCGCAAGCAAGUCUCUUUGGUCUCAACCCCUGCACACACUGCCAGUGGGAGCCUUGUGAAUGGAUAUGCAGACACCAGAGGAGAUGCCUCUACAAACCAAUUAACAGCUCUGGGAACUCCAGAGUUGCAGAUUGGUAGUUCUGUGACGGGGAGCAUUGAUGGAAAAUUUGAUAAUGGCUAUCUGAUUACAGUUAGGUUGGGCUCUGAUCAAUUUAAGGGUGUACUGUAUCAUAUCCCCCAAAUGCUUCAAUUGUCUCAGAGUUCAAAUACUUCAGAUAUUCCUUGUCACUGGCGCCGGAAGAGAUCCCGAUUAGCUUUAUGGGACCUCUCCAGGCCAAAGUCAAACAGGAGUGGUUAUAAUUUUUUCUUUGCUGAGCAUUAUGUUCGGCUAAAACCUAUGUAGCAUGGGAAAGAGAAAGUCAUCAGCGAGAAGAUUGGGCACCUACGGAGCAAUCUGACAGAGACUGAGAAAGUGGUUUAUCAGGAGAGAGGGACGAAGGACAAGGAGAGAUGUUGAACUGAAAUGUUGGAAUACCGAUCUUACCAUGAUUCAACAACUCUAUAGCCUCCAAUGAGUUGGUUGUUAGGAACUGAAUAACAGGGUGUCAACCCUCCGUCUGUUGUUAUUUUUGCUCAACUUUUCCCGUUUCUUCAAUUUGCUUGACUGCCCCAUUGCUGAAACUUUUGGUGAUCAGAUGGGAGAGCUUUGUAACUUGUGGUUAUAUAUAUAUAUAUAUAUAUAUAUAUAUAUUAAUAAAUAAGAAUCUAGAAGCC